AUGGAGGAGGUCACGAGACAGACCAGCAAUGUCACUUUGGACUCAUCCAAGUGUGCUACCAAAGCGGGAACUUCCUCCAGCUUCUCACCCCCAGUUCUCACAUACCUCGAUAAGAUCUACUCGUCGUUGACUUCGCUAUCCCAGCCGGAUUUCCUGAGGGAUAUUCAACAUGAGGCUUUUGUUCAAGAUGCGGCCGGCAAGGUGGGCAGCGCGAAUCCGCUCACAUCGCCAGCUGAGUUUUACGCCUACAUGGCUAGUCCGGCAGCCUCUGCGAUGAAGCCGGCCGGCUCGCCCGAUCUCUCCGCCCCAAUAACGGACUACUAUAUCUCCUCGAGUCAUAAUACGUACUUGACGGGGAACCAGCUCUAUAGUGAUUCGGAUGCCAGUGCUUAUACCAAUGUAUUGCUUCGCGGAGGAAGAUGUGUCGAGAUCGACAUCUGGGACGGAAAAAGCAGCUCCGAAAGCUCGCAGGACGAGGAGACCAGUAGCAGUAGCAGCAGCAGCAGUAGCGACUCGAGCUCUGACGAAGAAGCCACUAGACCCCAGAUGCCCCGCCGUCGCAAAUCAAAGAUGGAGAGGCUCAGGAAAGCGACCGAGAGCCACCCACGUCUCCAUGCCAUUUCCGAGGAGAUGGGAAAAUUGGAGGGUUACCUGGGUCACCGUCGAUCGCUUUCUGGGAGUAAGCGCCCGGAGACCGUAAAGACACCCGAAGAAACACCCCAGGUCCCGGCGCGUCCAGAGCCCCGGGUGCUUCACGGUCAUACCCUGACCAAAGAGGCCAGUUUCCGAGAUGUGUGCUAUGCAAUCCGUGAUAGCGCGUUCGUGACCAGCGACCUGCCGGUCAUCGUGAGCCUCGAGGUGCAUGCUUGUCACGAGCAGCAGCACACGAUGGUGGAGAUCAUGGAGGAGGCGUGGAAAGGUAUGCUGAUCGAAGUAACGCCCGAGAUCGAAGCGACCAGGAUGCCGCCUCCCCUGGCGGACCUGAAGAGGAAGAUCCUCAUCAAGGUGAAAUAUGUCGCGCCAACGGGCGAGGACAAGAACGAAGAUCCGGAGGAAGAGGAGAAGAAAGUGUAUCUGAAACAUGUCCAAACUUUGAAACAGAAAGGCGACCUGUCGACACCCGCAAGCACAGCUCAUGAGACACCCGAAGUUCCUGCUCCAGCGCCUCAUAAAACGUCCAAAAUCGUUCAUGCUCUGAGCAAGCUGGCCGUCUUCACCAAAGGGUUCCACUUCAAGGACUUCACGCAGCCAGAGGCCAAGGUACCGAGCCAUGUAUUCUCGCUCUCGGAGAAUGCAGUACGCGAGGCCCAUGUGAAAGACCCGAAUGCGUUAUUCGAGCAUAACCGCCACUACUUCAUGCGUGUCUAUCCGAAAGGCCUACGGCUGGGCUCCUCAAAUAUGGACCCUGGAUUCUUCUGGCGGCGUGGCGCCCAAAUGGUGGCCCUGAACUGGCAAAAUCUCGACAAGGGAAUGAUGCUCAACUCGGGGAUGUUUGCAGGCGAGCCUGGGUGGGUUCUCAAGCCUCCGGGCUAUCGGAGCACCGAUGCAGACUCCGUCAUCGUCCAGCGCCGACAGCUCGACCUUUCUAUUGAGUUCAUUGCCGGCCAAGAUCUGCCCCUGCCGCCAGGACAGACGAACGAGAAGAAAUUCCAUCCCUAUGUGUCGUGUAUCCUUCAUCUCGACACCCCCGAAGACGACUCCGGGGAUUCAGCGAGCGAUGACGAAUCCGACUCCGAGAAGGCCGGCUACAAGCGAGCCACCAAGAGUGCCACGGGGUCGAAUCCAGAUUUUGAGGGCCAGAAGAUCGAGUUUCCCCCGAUCCCAAACGUAGUUGAGGAUCUUAGCUAUGUCAGGUUCAAAAUCAAGGAUGACGAAUUCUUCCGUGAUUCGCUUGCCGGAUGGGCGUGCAUACGUUUGAACCGACUCCAAGAGGGCUACCGACUCAUUCAUAUAUACGAUCGCUCAGGAGCGGAUACUGGUGGUGUUCUGUUGGUUCGGAUCACCAAGACCAUGAGUUGA